AUGGAGCCAACUAAAGAUGGGCAAAAGGAAUUAAGAUACCGGGGCAUUCGCCGCCGGCCGUGGGGAAAAUUUGCAGCCGAAAUUCGAGACCCAAACAAGAACGGGGCCCGCGUGUGGCUCGGCACGUUCGAGUCGGCCGAGCAGGCCGCUCGGGCGUACGAUCGGGCAGCCUAUGCACUCCGGGGCCACCUGGCAAUUCUCAAUUUUCCGAACGACGGGCAGUAUCGAAAUCCAGGGCCCCACAUGCGUAAGUCGGGUAGGGUUGGUUAUGGCCAUGCAAAUUCUCCUUAUGAUCCGUGCCCAUCGGGUUGUGAAAGUCGAGGAGCGACAGAGCUCGGGGGAAGGGAAGUUAUCGAGCUCGAGUAUUACGACGAUAAAUUGCUCGAAGAUCUUCUUGGAACGCAGUUUUAG